GCCAUCCAACCUUUCCUGUUCCUCUAGAACACUGCACAGAUGCUCCAGCCAAUUUGACAGUCGGUCUGAUAUCAUCUCUGAGGAACUGAGCGGUUGGAGGACCGGAGAAAAGAAACACCCGGUUUGCGUCCAUAUGAAGAGCCACUGACCGUGGGAACGAUGAUAAUCACGAAUCCUUCCCCGGACAGAAGGACUUAAAACCUGCAGUCCCACUGCUCAACCCUUCCCUUUUAUUUCCACAUUUUAGUAGAGAUACGGACCUAGCGACAUUUUUGUACCAUCUCCCUUGUUGUAGCCUAUUUUAACCCCGUACAUUGAGCUGACAGUGUCUUGGGACGAUGUGGAAAACCGGUCUUCUUCUCCUCUUUUUGGGACUAUUAACGUCUGGUGAACUCCAGCAAGAAGAAACGGAGCCAGAGCGCCGAAGUCUGCCACCGUCGGGAAAGUUGGAUUUUGGCUAUGUGCCUCAGGGAGUUUACCAAACCCUCGCCUAUUACGAACCUGGAGUAAUAGGGUUACUGUUCCACAUGGUGCACGCUUUUCUAUACGUCGUGCAGCCCAACCCGUUCCCGGAAGAUCUCGUCGUCAAAGUAGCCAAGGAUAAAUUUGGCGCCAUUCAGUCGGAGUAUCAGAAGACUCAUCUACUCCUCCCUCUCUACUUCUACCCCUCUCCUCACUCCCUCUCUCUCCUUCCCCCUUUCCCCUCAUCCCCUUCUCUCCCCCUCCACUCCUCCUUUUCUCUCCAGGCCAUCUACUAUGAGGCAGGUUUCGUGGUGUGUGCCGUGCUCGGCCUGCUCUUCAUGGUCCUGCUGCCCCUGGUCGGCCUCUUCUUCUGCCUGUGCCGCUGCUGCGACAACUGUGGUGGCGAGAUGCACCAGCGCCAGCGGAAGAACGCAGACUGCCAACGGGGCCUGCUCACCACACUGCUCUUUGCCACCUCGCUCGUCAUCACGGCUGGAGUACUGUGUGCGUAUGCAGCUAACCAGAACCUGAGCUCUCAGCUCAAAGGCAUGAGGAGAUUGGUCAGUAGCAACCUGAGGGACCUGCAGAGUUUUACCAACGAGACGCCAACGCAAAUUGAUUACCUAAUAGCACAAUUCGCCACUGCCAAGAACAAAGUCAUUUCUGACUUAGAUAAUGUGGGUCCUCUGCUUGGAGGGAAGAUUCAUGAGGAAUUAGGAAAAGAGGUCUGUCCUGCAAUGGACGGCGUGCUCAGUAUGGCUGGUGUCAAAGUGGAGAGGGCCAUUAAAGCCAUGCGGGAGACCAAAGACGCCCUGGAGAACGUGAGUAUGUCUCUGGAGGUUCUCCAGGAGGCGACAGGGAAGCUCCACUUCAACCUGAGCCUGGUGCGCUUCAGCCUCAAUAGAACCCUCAACGACCCGGGCUGCAGCGACGAGGACUCGGACGCCACCACCGCCCAGCUCUGUCGCUCCAUCCGCAUCUCCCUGGCACAGCUCCACGUCAGCGCCAACUUCACCCGGUUACCUGAUGUGAACAAUCAGCUGGAAAGUGUGAAUCAAUUGAUAAAAACGGACCUCAGCAAUAUCAUUCGAAAGGGCUACUCCUCAUUCAAUGACACUCCAGGCAUGGUGAGCGACCAGAUGAGGAACGUAGUCGAGGGAGCCCGGGGCAUGUUGGACAUCAUCGGCACCAACAUCAGCAGCUUCUCCAAGGUGUUCCCUGUACACAGCACUAUGGCCAACUUCACCAACUUCAUUAGUCACACACACUCCAAGAUAGAAGACUCUUACCCCGAGAUCGACCAGAUGGACUUCUACAGGUGGAUUUGCUGUAUUGGCCUGUGCUGCAUGGUGGUUCUCAUCCUUGCUUUCAACUUCCUGGCCAUACUGUGUGGCACCGUAGGAUAUGACAAGCACGCCUCCCCCACCACACGGGGCUGUGUCUCCAACACCGGCGGCACCCUGCUCAUGGCCGGUGUGGGCUUCAGCUUCCUCUUCUCCUGGAUACUGAUGGGAGUGGUGACCGCCACCUUUCUGGUCGGGGGCAACGUGGAGAAGCUGGUCUGCGAGCCCUUCCAUACCAAGCAGCUCUUCAAGGUUUUGGACACUCCUCACCUGGUGAACCCUGAGUGGAGGAACUUCAUCCCAGGGUACAUGUACAAUGACUCAGACCUGGAUCUCACAGUGGAGAGUCUCUACAGUAAUUGCAAGGAGAACAGAGGUAUUUACUCUGCCAUGCGCCUGGACAAAGUCUUCAAUGUCACAACCUUCCUAAACUCAAGCCUGUACACCAAGGAGGUGGGGAAGAUGUUUAACAAUGUGAAGAUUGACCUGAGAGUUAUCGUCCUGCUGGAGUCUGAGGGGAAGCAGAACCUCAUUGGCUUUUCUGAGACGGGCGUCGACAGGAUCAACUACGCAGCCUAUCUAGAGGAGGUUAACAAAGGGGUGACUCAGGUGGACUUACUGUCGUACGCCAAUGAGCUCGAGGCACAGACAGACCUUAUGCCCAAGGGGCCCCUCCAGACCUCUCUAAAGGGCCACACCAACAGUCUCCGGCAGAUCCACAGUCAGCAGGUCAUCCCUAUGGAGCAGGCCAUGAAAUAUGUUAGAGCGAGGAGUAUGCUGAACCAGAGCAUCAGACUCCUGGAGAGGACGGCCUCAGACCUGCCGAACAAAGUCGCCGAUGUACUGGCGACCAUCGAAGCGGCGCAGUAUCUCAUCUCCCAGAAUGCAACACAUGUCGUCAACCAGGAAACGGAAAAGUACAAGCAAACCAUUGUUGGUUAUUUCAGGCAAUACAUAGAGUGGGUCAGGACUUCUCUGACCAUGGAGGUAGCGGCCUGCAAACCCUUCAGCAACAUCGUGGACACAGUGGAGAUUGUAGCCUGCAGCUUCUUGGUUGACUCAUUGAACACAUUCUGGUUUGGCCUAGGCUGCUGUGCCCUAUUCCUCCUUCCUAGCAUCAUCCUGUCAGUAAAACUGGCAAAGUUCUACCGUAGAAUGGACACAGAGGAUGUUUACGAUGACAUUGAGACAAUUCCCAUGAAAACGUAAGAUAAAUUUUACCCAUUUUACCUCUCCUUUCUCCUUCCAGUAUAACUCAUCCGUACAUCUGCGCUUUUCUGUGGAUUUUGUACAUAGAUUGAAUUGCUGAUUUCUUGGUGCUGGUUCUUGGUGUUUUACAUUUUUAGCUUUGAAAUGCAUCUAUUGGUGUACCGUUUUGGCUUUCCUUUGCGUGCAAUCUUGAAAAAGUGCCCCUUGUUGAUCAUUAAGGGCUCUGAUUUCUUGUUUUUAGUAUUUGAUUAUUUGUGUACUUGUUUGACAUUUUACUGCACCGUUAGGAGCUAGUAACACAAGCAUUUCACUGCACCCGCUAUUUAAAAAAAAAGGUAUUUAACCUAACUAGGCAAGUCAGUUAAGAACAAAUUCUUAUUUACAAUGACGGCCUACCCCGACCAAACCUGGACGAUGCUAUAACAUCUGCUAAUACACUUUGAUUUGAUUCUUACAGCCCACCUUUGUUUUUGUAAGUUAAGGUGUAAGAUAAAAUACUGUGGUUUAUGCAUUCUAGACUUUCUAUAUAGAACCAUACAUUUGUUUACGUUUAGAAUAGACGCUAGCAUUUUCCCAAGUUUUCCUAUAUAGAGAAAAACUUUUAUUGCCGAGGGUUGAUAGCAUGCCAUGUCUCUCACGUCAUAUUUUUUUCAUCAUGUUUUUUUGGUAUGCAAUGUUUUGUUUCCGUAUGGAAAUUGGUAAUAAUGGUUAUCAUAUUGAGCAUUUACAAGGUAUCCAAAACCCUGUAAUGACAAGCAUCCUUGCCUAUGACACUAUGACUAGGUUCCCACGGGCCUCAGCUCCCCCCAGGCAUAUUGACUGGUGAGAGAGGCCCAGGCUUUUUGACCGACUCAAGAAAGUGCCAUCGGAAACUGGAACUGAAACACUAGAUUGACACCAUCAAUUUCCCACCCCUUGGACAAGACAAAGCUCCAAAAAGAGGUCCUUACCUGAUGUAUUUUGUGUGUGUGUUCAGCUGGUCCUCUCUUCCUCUGUCUGCACGGAUCUUUUUACUGACAAGAUCCUAAUAACCAGUCACAGCCCGUUCUGGAUAUCUGCUGUCCAAUAGGACCCCCCCUCAGACACUACAGAAGGUGCUGUCAUCAACCCUUUCUUUGAUCUUCCCCGGGGAAACUAUAAGGAAGCCAUACAUAUGAGCCAGUGUCGGUCGACCUUCAUCCUUCACCUCACACAGCUGUCUAAUGUGUUUACAUUAGCCUGGCCACAAUAUCAGAGCCGAGGCUGAGUUCAAAUUGAGGACACGACAAACAAUUACACGGCUGUGUACUCUCAAACCUUUUGUACUUCUUUCGCGUUGUCCAAACAGUGAAUGAAAAAGAUCUUUUGAAAUGUCAUGUAGAGCUGCUACUAGAACAUUGCCAUCGCUGCUCGUAUUUGAGGGGUCUUUGCAAUGAUGUUUUACUAACUGAUGAGGAGAGCCGUUUGAGACGUAUCACGUGAAACAAACCGGGUUGAGGCAAACUACAGACGGUUGCCUUUUAGACCAGUUUUACCAUAGCAUUUUGACUGAUGUCCACCGUCUUGUUGGAUAUGAGGAAAUAUUGUAUCUCAUAUCAGUGUAUAACAGGUGGAAUAUCACAUGAACCUGGACAGAAAUGACAAGAGACUAUAACAUUCCUUAGUUGAUUCAUUGAUUAACAGUAAAUGCAAAGUAUCAUGUUGAGUAGACUAACACGGCACGUUAAUAAAGAUAUUUUUCGGGGCUAUUGUAGUAGUCAAACUUUAAAUUGGAGAACUGCUAUUUGGAGCCAAAUCCUAUUUUUACUGUAGGCCUCAGGUCUUUAGUUGUAUAACAGUUAUGCAUAAUAUAUUGUUUCAAUCUUUUUUUUUAAAUCCCACAGUAGCUUUUGGUACCUAUGGAAGAGUGAAUGAUCUAUUGAAUAGUCAUUUGUAUAUAAGAGAUGUAUUGAUUAAAGUGAAUUAUGACACCCGUGUGGACUAUGCUGAACAACGUUAACAUACUGUAAAAAUGUGCCACCCCCAAAAAUAUAACCCAUCUGUUCUCACUUGUUUACAUGUUCCUUCUUCCCCACAUUCUGCCUCACAAAGAUGGGGACAUUAGCCUACUUAACUACCAUGUGCUGUCAAUCAAAUAGCAUUAAGCCAAUCCAAUAGAGGCUUGUUGAUGAGAGGAGCGAGGACAUCUUAUUGGUAUAACUGAUCUUGCCCAUUGAGUCUCGGAAAGAAACUUCACUUCCCAAAAACGAUUACUACUUAAGUACUUCAUGCCUGCAGACUGCUUACCUUAAGAAGUGUAUGAUUAUCACAUAACACGCUAUUUUACUGAGAUCUAAUGACAGACAUUUUAUAUGCACCAUCUGGUUAGAUAGUGGGUGCAAUGUUUACUGUUUGUUUUAAGGGUAUAACUGUAAUGGUGACACUGGAUAGUGGGGGGACACUAGUGGUGCCCAUUGGAAAUGUGUGUCCCUGUAUGUUUUUUUGAAAGUGUACAAAUGUGAAUAAACUUUCAGUUGCAUUCUUGUA